CGGUUCCUUAUCGACUCUGGUCAGCCUGGACCAAGCAGUCCAAAUCGUUAAUUCAUUUCGUCUCUGAUUGCGCUUCGUCGCUGUUUAUACUACCUUUUGUUCUUUAUCAAUUUGUCGCGGUCAGCGGCUGCAGAUCUGCCCAGCCAUGCCUGUCGUCAAAGGAGGUGUCUGGACGAACAUCGAGGAUGAGGUGCUUCGCGCGGCGGUCUCGAAGUAUGGUCUCAACCAGUGGGCGCGUGUCUCUUCCUUGCUAGCACGAAAGACACCAAAGCAGUGCAAGGCGCGAUGGGUGGAAUGGCUGGAUCCCGGCAUCCGCAAGGUCGAAUGGUCGAGGGAGGAGGAUGAGAAGCUGUUGCAUUUGGCCAAGUUGAUGCCAACACAGUGGCGUACAAUCGCACCUAUCGUGGGACGGACAGCAACACAGUGCUUGGAACGCUAUCAGAAACUGCUGGAUGAAGCGGAAGCGCGUGAGAACGAUGAACUUGCUUUGGAAGGACCCGGCGCAGAGUCAGCUGCUCCCAGUGCUGACGAUGUGCGACGGCUACGACCCGGCGAAUUGGACCCCGAUCCGGAAUCUAAGCCCGCUCAUGAGAAGGAAAUGCUGAGUGAAGCUCGCGCUCGUUUGGCGAACACACAAGGAAAGAAGGCGAAGCGGAAGGCCAGAGAGCGACAAUUGGAAGAAUCACGACGACUUGCAGUCCUCCAGAAACGACGUGAACUCAAAAAUGCUGGCAUUAACAUCAAGGUCGUUACCCGCAAGCAGGGUGAAAUGGACUAUAACGCCGACAUCCCAUUCGAAAAGCCAGCAGCCCCCGGAUUCUACGAUACCAUGGACGAAGAAGCCCGCAAUGAAAGGCAACGUGAGAUGUUCGAUCCUCGCAAACAGCAGCUCGCCAACAAGCGGAAGGGAGACCAGGAUGACGAGGCGGAGCGGAAGAAGAGGAAGAAUGACAAGGGUGGAAAUUCCGCGGCGUUCGCCGCUGCUGCCCGUGCCGGCCAGAUGCAGAAGAUCCGCGAGGCGGAGCAAAGCAGCAAGCGAAGAUCUCUUGUCCUCCCGGCCCCUCAGAUGGGUAUGGCAGGUGACAGAGCCAAAGGGGCUCGUGGUCUGGUCGGAAACUAUACUGGCAUUGUCGAGGAAGAUCACAUCGCGAACGAAAUCCGCAACAUCAGAGCUUUGACCGAGACCCAAUCAUCGUUACUGGGAGGCGAGAACACUCCUCUGCAUGAGGGAGGGUCUUCCACUGGAUUUGAUGGAAUUGCUCCGCGUCGUCAGCAGAUUGUUACGCCCAACCCCAUGGCAACACCGUUUAGGCAAGCCAAUGGCGUCGGUGCAACCCCUAUGAGAGGUGGUGUUGGGCCUGGUGCUACUCCCUUGCGGACCCCUCGGGAUCACUUCGCUCUGAACCAGGCAGAAGGUGGGCAGCUGAUUGGAAGUACCCCCAGAGAUAUUAAGAUGCAUGAGAAUUUCAUGCGUCAAAACAUCCGCAGCAAACUGGCAGCUUUGCCAAAGCCCAAAGAAACGGAAUGGGAGCUGGAAGAGCUUCCUUCCGAAUCUACGGAACCAACGGCUGCUGCCGAGUACGUGGAAGAGGAUUCCGCUGAGCGCGAUAGGAGGGAGAAGGAGGCUCGAGAGCGCGCCGCAGCGGCCGAGUUCAAGCGUCAGUCACAGGUAUACCAGCGAUCCCUACCUCGGCCGAGUGUACUUGAUAUCGAUGCUAUGAUGGAACGGGUGUCUCACAUCACGGAUCCCAUCUCCGGUCUUAUCGCAAAGGAAGCCGCUCUUCUUAUUGCGCACGACGCCCGCAAAUUCCCCACCCCAGGUGCUAAAGUGGAGGGCAAAGCUCGCAAGCUGGAGCAAUUAGAUGACAGCUUCAUGGAGCAAGCCCGUGCGGCUAUUGCAGCGGAAGCCGCCACAUCCGAAAAGCAGCAGGAGUGGCAGGAAAACUUCGACGAGCAGUGGACUACAAAACAUUCCAGCGCGCUACCAGGGCUUUCCAACUACGCUGACGAUGAAGAGGAGGAUGUGUACCAGCAAGAACAGCGAAUGAUUGCAGCGUUUGACAGUGUACAAAACUCUCUGUUGGCCACGGCAGAACGGGGCAACAAGCUGGAGAAGAAGCUCGCUUUACAUUACGGAGGCUAUCAGAACCGGGCGAAGAUGCUCCGCACUAAGAUAGUGGAAGCCCACACGGCCCUAGAGAAGACGACGGAUGAGCUGGAUGCCUUCCGUACUCUGCAGAUCUCGGAACAGUCCGCUCUCUCACGGAGACUUGAGAAAUUGAGAGACGAUGUGGCAUUCGUGAUGCGCAGAGAGCGGGAAGCUCAAGACCUGUAUAGGACCCGGAAGGACGAGCUUGAUGAGCUCGUGGCAGGAACAGGGGGAAUGGUUAAUGGCAGGCACAAACCCGACGGAUCCAUCAAACGAUUUCAUCUAAGAAACCUUUAUACAUAUACUGAGAAUCACCCCUUCUUCAAUAUGGGCGGCAGGGACGAGGCCACCGGGACCCCGGACCCCGUCGAGAAGGGGUUCGCCACCCUCAAUACCAUCCGGAUCGGUGUUAAGGCCAUGGUGCAGAAGGAUGGAGAACUACGAAAAGCCGAAAUUCUUUCAAUAAAGCAGCGGAAAGAUGGUCCUUCUUUCUACGUCCACUAUGUCGACUUCAACAAGCGUCUUGAUGAAUGGAUUGAUUCCGGAAGAAUAGACCUGUCACAUGAGGUCGAAUGGCCUCAGCCAGAGAAACCGGAGAAGAAGAAGACCGGCCCCGGCAACAAGGCCCCUAGUAAGAACGCUCAGAAGCGUGCUAGAGCCGAAAGCCGGGAUGUAUCAGCAACGCCUGAUCUUCUGACUGGAAAGAACACCAAUGUUGGCAAAGCCCAGCGUCCGUCUAAAGCGGGCGGCAAAGAGAACCGCGACGAGACCCCCGUGAACCUCUCCAUCGGAGGUUCAGAAGCUGUCUCCGCAGAUGGAACCCCCAAGCCCGACUCGGAUGAUGUCGACAUGAUCGAUGUCGGCUUCUCUAAGGAUGAAAAAGAAGAAGCGAAAGCACUAGGUCUUAUGUCGCGCGAAGAAGAAAUCGAACGCCUACGCACCAGCGGUAGUAUGACCCAGAACCCAACAGAGAUUCACCGCGUGCGAAACUUGACCCGUCUCCAAAUGGGCAAAUACGAUAUUGAGCCCUGGUACUUCUCGCCAUACCCGGCAUCGUUCUCCGACGCAGACGUCGUAUACAUUGACGAGUUCUGCCUGGGAUAUUUCGACAACAAGCGCGCCUUCGAGCGUCACCGGUCCAAAUGCACCCUCGUGCACCCGCCCGGAAACGAAAUCUACCGGGACGACUACAUUUCAUUCUUCGAAGUCGACGGCCGCCGCCAACGAACCUGGUGUCGCAACCUCUGCCUGCUGAGCAAACUCUUCCUCGACCACAAAACACUGUACUACGACGUCGACCCCUUCCUCUUCUACUGCAUGUGCAGUCGCGACGAAACAGGCUGCCAUCUCGUCGGCUACUUCUCCAAGGAAAAAGACUCCGCGGAAGGCUACAACCUGGCCUGUAUCUUAACCCUUCCUCAAUACCAACGCCGCGGGUACGGUCGUCUCCUCAUCUCCUUCAGUUACGAGCUCGGCAAGCGCGAAGGAAAGCUCGGAUCGCCCGAAAAACCCCUCAGUGAUCUUGGUCUCCUCAGUUACCGACAAUACUGGCGAGAAACCCUCGUGGAACUACUCUUAGAAACCGGCCGGGAAUCCGUCAGCGAGCACGACCUCUCGAUGCUGACUUCCAUGACGGAGAAAGACGUCCACGAGACUUUGGUUGUGUUCAAUAUGCUCCGUUACCAUAAAGGAAACUGGGUCAUAGUCCUAACCGACCAAGUCGUCGAAGAGCACAAGAAGCGCCUGGAGAAGGAGAAAAUCAAGGGCGUUCGCAAGAUCGAUCCUGCCCGGCUGCAAUGGAAACCGCCCGUCUUCACUGCAUCAUCCCGUACCUGGAAUUGGUAGGGUUACUCAAUGACUGCAGUCUAAAAGCAUCAGGAAGCCGGGGGAGGUUGAUUGAUACCCUAAUAUAUGGAGUCGGUGGUGUACUGUAUGCGUCUGUUAUGUAUGCUUGCUGCUUGCUGUUUUUGGAGGUCUUGUUCCUUUUUCUUUUCAGGGGUGUAUGGAUGUUUUGUAAAUUAGAUUACUACUACUUACUAGUGCCUUGCAGGGGGAGUUUUGUGGCUUAGCAUGGGAUGGAUGGUUAUAUUUAGCGUUAGCAGGGUUGGUGUUGUGGAAUUUAUUCUCAUCAGUCAGUUAGUACUAUCUUAUAUCAAUG